GGCCUAGGUCUUGGUCUGGACCGCUUGGGCCGGUUCCCAAACUGCUGGGCUGCGGUGGGGCUGCGGAGCCCGAGAAAGGGUGGCCGCGGGGGAAACGGAGGCCGGGCCUGAUACGGGGUCUCCCGAGUUCCUGCCUACGACCGGGCCUCCGCCUCCGCGCCGGGCGCGCCCUUGAACUUGCCCGGGGUCCGAGGCCCCCGUCCGGGUGAGAGCUGUGCCUCCGGGCCGGAGCACGCAGCCGGGGGCUGCCCCAGGCCGCACUCCCCGGACGCCGCCGUCCCCGGACGCCGCCUCCCGGGGCCCUAGGGGUUUGUGAGCUGGGGCCUGGCGGAGGUCGGGACGCAGUGUUACUGCCAGUUCAGCCGAUGGCUUCGGGUGCUGCCGCCGGGGAUCCCCGCGUGUCCUCUGCCAUUGCCCCGGUUGUCACCUCCUAUGCUCCCGCCAUCGGUUCCUUUAUUUACAUAACUAACUAGUCAUCGCGGAGAAUUCCCGGCUUUCCUUGGCCAUUCCGUGUCUCACCCAGCACUCCCAAAGUAGCUUUUAGUGCCCGGGACGCCCCGCGGACCAUGCGGCCCCGGGUGCUGUCCCCCUGCGCCCCUCUCCCCGCGCCCCGUGCCCUUUGCACGCGCGCCAUCCGGGUACCGGGGUGCGUGCCCCCGGCGCUGAGCGCCCAAGGGUCCCGGGCUCCCAGCAGCGCCUGUGAUAGGUUGGAUGCCCCAAGUCAGGGACUCGGCGCACCAAGAAACGUUACACUGACACCCACUGCAGGCGCCAAGUGCUCUGCGGGGCAUCCACAGAGAGAAUAGAAGAGUAGUUCUCGUCCUCCCGGGGAGACGCGGUAUGCGGCCACGUUGGUGUGAAAGUCAGAAAGAGCAAUCUCUGGCUCUGGGAAGGAAGAGAAAUGGGAGUGAGAACGUUGAGCCUUUCCUGGCAGUUCUUGAUAGUUCUGGUUUUGAUCCUGCAAAUCUUGUCCGCGUUGGAUUUUGACCCAUACAGAGUCCUAAGGGUCAGCCGCACAGCCAGCCAGGCUGAUAUUAAAAAGGCUUAUAAGAAGCUCGCCCGGGAAUGGCAUCCUGAUAAAAAUAAAGAUCCAGGAGCAGAAGACAAGUUCAUUCAGAUUAGCAAGGCUUAUGAGAUUCUUUCCAAUGAAGAAAAGAGAUCCAACUUUGAUCGCUAUGGUGACGUUGGUGAAAACACUGGGUACCACCAGCCACAGCAGCCACAGAGUCACCACUUCCACCAUUUCCAUGACAGCUUUUACUUUGAUGAAUCCUUUUUUCAUUUCCCAUUCCAUUCGGAACGGCGAGACUCAUCUGAUGAGAAAUAUCUGCUUCACUUUUCCCAUUAUGUCAACGAGGUAGUCCCAGACAGCUUCAGAAAGCCCUACCUCAUCAAAAUUACCUCGGACUGGUGCUUCAGCUGCAUCCACAUAGAGCCCGUCUGGAAAGAAGUGGUGCAAGAACUGGAAGGAUUAGGUGUGGGAAUUGGUGUUGUCCAUGCUGGCUAUGAAAGACGGCUGGCCCAUCACUUGGGAGCCCACAGCACUCCCUCCAUCCUAGGAAUUAUAAAUGGGAAAAUCUCAUUCUUUCACAAUGCAGUUGUUCGAGAGAACCUUCGACAGUUUGUGGAGAGUCUCAUUCCAGGAAACUUGGUGGAGAAGGUCAGUGAUAAAAAUUAUGUCCGAUUUCUCUCUGGCUGGCAGCAUGAGAAUAAGCCUCAUGUUCUUCUGUUUGACCACAUGCCACUGGCACCAUUGUUGUACAAGUUGAUUGCUUUUGCCUACAAGGAUUAUUUGUCAUUUGGAUAUGUUUAUGUCGGCUUGAGAGGGACACAAGAGAUGACAAGUCAGUACAAUGUCAAUACCUACACUCCUACCAUGUUGGUCUUCAAGGAGCACAUAGACAAACCAGCUGAUGUUGUACAGGCCCGGAGUUUAAAGAAGCAGACCAUUGAAGACUUUGUUUCCCAAAACAAGUACCUUCUAGCAGCCAGGCUUACCAGUCAGAAGAUGUUCCAUGAGCUAUGUCCUGUAAAGAGGUCUCAUCGCCAAAGGAAGUACUGUGUGCUCUUAAUGAUUCGGGAAGGAACAAAGUCAAAUCCAGAUUUUGAAGCGUUCCUGUCCUUUGCAUUGGCAAACAGCCAGGACACAGUGAGAUUUGUGCACGUCUAUAGCAACCGGCAGCAGGAGUUUGCCAACACUUUGCUGCCCAGCAGUGAAAUAUUUCAGGGGAAAUCUGCGGUCUCUAUCUUAGAAAGACGUAACACAGCCGGAAAAGUGGUGUACAAAACUCUAGAAAAUCCCUGGACUGGAAGUGAAAAGGAUAAGUUCAUCCUUCUGGGCUAUCUGGAUCAGCUGCGAAGAGAUCCCGCUCUUCUUUCCUCUGAGGCUAUCUUACUUGAUCUAGUUGAUGAACUUGCUCCUGUGUUUUUUCUUCGAUGGAUUUACUCCACUUCUGAAUACUUCUCAGACAUCUGGGACAGUGUACUUCACAACAAUUGGCGAGAAAUGAUGCCCCUUCUGUCCCUGAUUUUCUCCGCUCUCUUCAUUCUUUUUGGAACAGUCAUUGUUCAGGCUUUCAGUGAUUCCAAUGAGGAUCGAGAGUCACGGCCUCCUGAGAAAGAAGUCAACGAGAAGACCGAGAAGACUGAGACCUGCUUCAGUAAAGAGAACAGCAGGGCCAGCUUAGCUAAAUUCAGAGACUUGGACCAAAGCAGGAUUCCCAAGAAGGGUUUUGUGGAGGUGACUGAGCUUACAGAUGUCACAUACAUGAGUAACCUGGUUCGACUGAGGCCAGGCCACAUGAAUGUCGUCCUUAUUCUGUCUAACUCUACCAAGACCAGCCUGCUUCAGAAGUUUGCUUUUGAAGUGUACACAUUCACUGGGAGCAGCUGCCUCCACUUCUCCUUCCUGAGUCUUGAUAAGCACCGAGAGUGGCUGGAAUAUCUAUUAGAGUUUGCCCAGGAUGCUGCUCCCAUCCCAAACCAGUAUGAUAAACAUUUCUUGGAGCGUGACUACACUGGCUACGUCCUGGCUUUGAAUGGACACAAGAAAUACUUCUGCCUCUUCAAGCCCCAGAAAACAGUAGAUGACGAGGAAACCAUAGGUCCGUGCAGUGACCUUGACUCUUCCCUCCAUUUGGGCGAGGCCCGAGGGAAACCCUUCUGUAAUUCUGGAUCCAAACCCCUCAAAGGCAAACUAAGCAAGUUGUCCUUAUGGAUGGAGCGCCUUUUGGAAGGCUCCUUACAGAGAUUCUAUAUCCCAUCAUGGCCUGAACUAGACUGAGAGAAUUUUUUUAAAGGAGAUUCAGCCCCUCCAGACUUGGUCGGAAAACGAGCAGGAUUGUCCAAAUGGUCAGGAGAGACAGACAGUAGGUUUUAGAUAUUCUUCUAGGACAAUGGCUAGGAGAAUUCUCCCUUUGUCUUGCUCUAACCUAGGAGUGAAAUAUACCACAAGUUGAAUUCUCUGUACCAAAAUGUUUGUUUGGGGUUUUUUUCCUCAUUCGGAUGGCGCACUAUUUAAAGCAGACACUCUCUCUUCCUCUCGUGUCCUCGCCACAUGUGCUUCCCAUACUUUGUCCUGUCUCUUCAUGGAGAGACCCUGUGACUCAGAGAGGACUGAACUUGAGGAAGCUUGUGGACAGAGGCAAGCGCACCGGCCCUCCCCCAACUCCUCUCCGUCCUCUUCCCACCAGGCUUCUGCCUUGGCGCCUGCAAUAAUCUUGGACUGGGGUGGAGAGGACCUGCCCUGCAAGUGGCCAGGAGUGGAUCUGGGGACAGCCUCCUUUAACAGACUGUGAGCUGUCUUCCCUACACUGAUUAUCCGGGGUCCUGCAUGUGCAUUCAUUUCUCUUUCCAGAGAAAGGGAAAAGCAAAAGUGUCUGAGACUUUGCAGUCCCAUGUUCUUAUUGUCGUGGCCUAAAGAGGCCUAAAGAGUAGAGACGAGCCUCACUGCUUAGCCUGUAGCCCAGGUGAGGAGGGACACCAAGGGAGCCCCGCAGCCAUUUUGAGCCAUUGCAAUGUCUCUUGUCUUCAGAUGCCUUUCUGUCCCGGUCAGUCAUAGGGCGCUCUCUUAUUUAGGAGCCAUAACCUUUGGUUGUGUUCUCAGAUGUAGGGACAAGCUGCCAUGAGCCAGUAGACAUGUAGAACCCAAGUCAAGCACUCCUACCUUCUAGGACAUCAAUCUGAAGGAAUCUUCCCAAAUCCCCCCCCCAGGACACAGCUUUAGGACCGCAGACAUUUCUUUGUAUCAAGGAACUUAAAAUUUUGUUGGUGAUUUUGUUUUUUUUUUCUUUUGUUUUUAAUUCUGUUGCUCCCACAGUGCCACCUGUCAAAUCCUCUGUCAUCAGUGAACCCCCUCUAGUUGUAGCACCCCAUGUAUACGAUGCUUGCUUUCAGCCUCUGGCCCCUGUUGAUGGGUCAUCUCAGCUGUUUUCCAUAUUAACUUACAGUCAUCCUCUGCAGCUUCAGGUCAGACUAGAAUCGCCAUCCGUUUGAACGUGCCAGACGGGACAGUGCCAGUCCAUUAGAGCUGACCCCUUCUUUAAGGACAGAGCUGCCGAGGGAGGCAAAGUCUAACUUCCCUCGAAAAUGUCAUCCUGACCUACUCAUCUCUAAAGCGGGGGGCAGAAGCCA